AUGUGUCUUGCGGAAGCCGUUGAACGAGGCGAUACGGCGGCCGUGGCCGAGCUCCUCCAUGACGGCGCCGAUCCCAACAGCCGCAACAAGAUAGGUGAGCCUGCGCUCUUCGUCGCAGCGAUGGAAGGACAUGUUGACAUCGCCGAGAUGCUCCUCAACGCCGGCGCCACCGUCGACUUGGAGACACCGAGAGGCGCAACAGCGCUCAUGAUCUCACCCGCCAGUGGCUCUGUCGAUCUCGUCAAGUUGCUUUUGAAGCAUGGCGCCAACGUCAACCACAGCAACGGGGAUGGAACGACACUGGCUGCUGCAGUGCAGCUCGGCCUCGACGAGAUUGUCCAAGUGCUUCUGACUGCAAAAGCCAACGUCAACGACAACAACACCUAUAUCAAGGCAUCGCCGAUCGUGGUGGCAGCGGAGAGAGGCUUGCUAGCCAUGGCCUCUCGACUGCUCGAUGCUGGCGCCAACCUGCAUAGCGUCGACAAGGAGGGGUAUGGGGCGGUCUUUCACGCUGCCAACCGUGGCCACGCCGACAUGAUUCGCUUUCUCGUCUCCAAGGGAGCUGAUCCAAACGCGACUGCACCGAACGGAGUCGGACCUUUGUACGCUGCUUGCAUGCGAGGCCAUGUCGCCGCAGUGGCCGCCUUGCUGCAAGCUGGUGCCAAUGUCAACCACCCCGACGCCGAUCCGUGCAUCAUCCCUGCAGCCUUCUACGACCGCUCGGAGAUCAUGUCGCUGCUGCUCAGUCACGGUGUCGACGUGAACGCAGUGGAUUUCACGUUUGGUGGCACGGCCCUGUAUGCAGCGGCCUUUAAUGGCCACGCAGACGUCGUGCGUCAGCUAGCGUAUGCGAGAGCCGAGCUCGACAAACCAGCCAGAAAUGGGUUGACGCCAGUCAUGGUGGCUCGUGACAACCGCGUCCUACAGGUCCUUCACGACGUACGCACCAAGAAAAUGGAGCUGCUGCAUGCAGUGCGCCACGGCAACCUGGCUGCUGUUCGAGCGCUGCUGGCCGAGGGCUUGAGCGUCAACGAGAGAGACAAGCACGGCAAUACGCUCGUUCACUUGGCGCUGCUUGGUCACCACGAUGCACUUUUGGCCGAGCUCUUGAGAGACCCCGCUGUCGACACGAGCUGCGUCAACAAGUUCCAUGAGUCACCUACAGCCAUUGCCGCCAAGUUGGGGGUCCAGUCUCUCAUCGAGAAGCUGCACCAAUGCAAGACCAAACCGGUGGUUGAGGUGGCGGCUCGCUCGAUGGUGCAUCUUCAAGAAGUCGGCCGUGGUGGCUACGGCAUCGUCUUCAAGGACACGCUCUUUGGCCAAGAGGUCGCUGUCAAGAUGCUUGUGAACAGCAGCAACAAGGCCGAGAACCUCCGCUACGAGAUCGAAAUUCUCAAAAACAACCCGUCGCCGUACCUUGUGCGGCUACUUGCGACGGCGGAUGCCGCCUCGGAUGCGCCGCAGCUCUUCUUUGAGUACAUGGACGGCGGCAACCUCACGUCGUACCUUGAGAUGCUGGCCAACGACGAACCUGUGCCCGUGGUAUACACGCCCAUUGAGAUUCUCUGGGUCGUCGCCAACGCUCUUCACGACCUCCACGCCAAGAACGUCGUCCAUCGCGACAUCAAGCCCGACAACAUCCUCCUCUCAUCGGUCCACUACAUCAAGGUGGGCGACGUCGGUAUCGCCAAAGAAGAGUCGAAGUACAUGACGACGGGGGCUGGCACCAACAAGUGGCGCGCGCCCGAAGUGCUGACGUCCGGAAGUCGCUACGGCACACCCGCCGACAUUCACUCGUUUGGGAUUCUCCUCCGGACGCUGUACCCUAACCCUACCGAUGCGAGCACCGAGUGGGCCCAAGCUCUCGCAGCGGAUUGCACGGCAGUUGACCCAUCGCGCCGUCCGACGGCGGCCAAGAUCGUCGGUCUAUUGCGUCCAAUGUUGCAAGCACAACCGCACCUCGUGCCGUCGAUGCAUGCCUUUGAGCGAGACCGAGCGGCGGGUCUUCAAGUCCUCGAGGCCAUUUCGAUGCCCUCUGACGUCGAAGACGCGAUGCCAGCCAUGCCCGCGGCGCCAAUCAUGUCCUCGAGAAUCGGGCGGCCCCAGAGCUCUCUCACUCCAGAGGAGGCGCUGCACGCGGCCGUUGAAACCGGCAAGUUCGAUGACGUUCGCGCCUUGCUGGCGAGUGGUGUUCACCCCGACUGCGCAACCAAUGGGAUGGAAACACCGCUGAUGAAAGCGAUACAUUUUGGCCACAGCGACAUUGUGAACUUGUUGCUCGAAUACCGUGCUGACGUCAACAGCGCUACCCAUCUGGGUAUGACAGCGUUGCAUGCCGCAGCGAGUAGCGGCAGUGACUUCAUCAACCAACUGCUCCGCGUUGAAACCAUCAACGUUAAUGCAAAGACCAACAAGCAACAAACGCCAUUGCAUGCUGCGAUUGCAGCCGGGCACUUGGCCAAUGUCAUCACCCUCUUGGACGCGGGCGCCGACCUCGAAGCUGCCUCUGAGGAGAUGCAGCGACCGUUGCAUUAUGUAGCGAUGUACGGCGGCAAGGACAUUGCAGCCGUCCUUCUCGCGCGCCACGCCCGGACCUCGGAGCGCGACAAGAGUGGCGACACUGCGCUGCAUCUUGCGAUUCGGCACAAGCACGGUGACGUGGCAGCACUCGUCGUCGAGGCCGGAGCCGAUAUCAGCGCCCUCUCGAAAGGGCAGAGUCCGAUGCAUAGCGCCUGCCAACAUGGUGUCACCGACGUCAUCCCGGCCCUGAUCGCCCGAGGCGCCGACGUCAACUCCCAGUUCAACUUAACGUCGCCGCUGAUGAUGGCAACUCAUCACAAUCGCGCAGACGUGGUUCGGGCGCUUCUACAGUCACCCGACAUUGAUAUCAACCGGCCCAACGCUCAUGGGUUCACUGCCUUGCACGUUGCGGCGUCCACGAAGUGUUACGACAUCGUUCGGACCCUGCUGCACGCCGGCGUUGAUGUCGACCAUCGGGAUUUGGUGGCGGGUGUGUGGGCUAUUCAAUUGGUCAAACCAGAGAAAGACCGCGCCAUGCUCGACCUGCUUCGGCCUGCAUACGAGCACCGAGAGCGGUUGCUGGAAGCGAUGCGUUUGGCAGACGUCGGGCGCCUUGCGUAUCUUCUGGAGCAGCCCUAUAGCUGCAAUAUCAAGGACAAGCUUGGGUGCUCGCUGGUGCAUUUGGCGGUGCUUGCAGAUAAUGAAGCGAUGCUCGACAUGCUUCUCGCCGAGUCCCGCAUCCGUUUGGCGACUCUGAACAACGAAAAGAAGACACCGCUGACCAUUGCCAUCGAGCGCGGCUCUACCUCGAUGGCCAAAAAGAUCUUCGAUCGGACGCUCCAUUCGGUGGUCGAGAUCUCGGCCGCCGAGUAUGUCGAGACCAAGACGGCGCUUGGCGUCGGUGCCUUUGGUGUCGUCGUCCUUGGCAAGUACGAAGGGCAAAAGGUUGCCGUCAAGAAGUUCCGACGCGCCGAUUAUCUCAAGUCGUUCGAGGCCGAAGUCAACGCCCUCCUUGCGUAA